GCUUCACUAAGCCAUUGGCUGUCCGGGUUCUGGCUAGUUCCGGUUUCGGAGGAGCUAGGAGCGGCAGCUGACAGAAGCUAGAGGUGUAGUGACAGGGGUGUGUUGCUAGUGCGUGAGAGCGCUGAUAGGGGGGAGUGAGUACAGCACAGAGGGCGCUUGAGGAGUUACGAGAGAACAGGAAACAAGCAGGAGCUCCCGGGUACCAAAGGGAGAGGCCAAGCAUGCCGCGUUUCGGUGCAGGGGGAAUCUCAAGCGGACUUAACCAUAAACCUGUUAUGAAUGGAGUACAGCGCUGGGAGAAUGGGGCACUGAAAAACGGAAUGAUGUCAGAGGAGAAGGUCCAUAAUGGGGGUUUGUAUAAAAGACCUUUUAAUGAAGCAUUUGAAGAGACCCCAAUGUUAGUGGCUGUUCUCACUUACAUGGGCUAUGGUAUCCUUACUCUGUUUGGGUACCUAAGAGAUUUUCUCAGAACUUGGAAGAUUGAGAAGUGUCACAUUGCCACUGAAAGGGUUGAGCAGAAGGACUUUGUACCGCUAUAUCAAGACUUCGAGAAUUUCUACACUAGAAAUCUAUACAUGCGGAUUAGGGAUAACUGGAACAGGCCAGUUUGCAGUGUUCCGGGAGAGAGAAUAGACGUCAUGGAGCGCUUUACUGAUGACUAUAACUGGACCUUCAAGUUUACAGGCAGAGUGAUUAAGGGUGUAAUAAAUAUGGGCUCCUAUAACUAUCUGGGAUUUGCACAGAACACUGGAUUUUGUGCUGAUGCAUCUGCAAAAUCUCUGAACCAGUAUGGAGCAGGAAUGUGCAGCACUCGGCAAGAAAUUGGAAAUAUGGAAAAACAUGAGGAGCUAGAGCAUCUAGUUGCAAGAUUCCUUGGUGUGGAGGCUGCCAUGACAUAUGGAAUGGGCUUUGCCACAAAUUCUAUGAAUAUCCCAGCACUGGUUGGAAAGGGCUGCUUAAUCCUCAGCGAUGAGCUGAACCAUUCCUCUCUGGUACUAGGAGCCCGUCUCUCUGGCGCCACCAUUCGUAUUUUCAAGCACAAUAACAUGCAAAGUUUGGAAAAGCUGCUGAGAGAUGCAAUUGUACAGGGCCAACCACGAACACAUCGGCCGUGGAAGAAAAUCCUUAUUGUGGUUGAAGGAAUCUACAGUAUGGAGGGCUCCAUAGUCAGACUGCCUGAGGUUAUUGCUCUGAAGAAGAAGUACAAAGCCUACCUCUACUUGGAUGAGGCACAUAGCAUUGGGGCUUUGGGACCCAAUGGUCGUGGUGUAGUUGAUUACUUUGGUCUGGACCCUAGAGAUGUGGACAUCAUGAUGGGAACUUUCACAAAGAGCUUUGGGAGUGCUGGGGGCUAUAUCGGGGGCAGCAAGGUUCUCAUUGAAUACCUUCGGGCUCACUCUCACAGCGCUGCAUAUGCCACUUCUAUGUCACUGCCAGUGGUACAACAAAUCAUAAGCUCUAUGAAAUGUAUUAUGGGAGAGGACGGAACUACUUUAGGUCAGAAACGUGUGGAACAGCUGGCCGAGAACACAAGGUAUUUUCGCCGCCGACUUACUGAGAUGGGAUUUAUCAUUUAUGGGAACAGUGACUCCCCAGUGGUACCUCUUAUGUUGUAUAUGCCAGCCAAGAUUGGUGCAUUUGGCAGAGAAAUGCUGAAGAGAAAUAUUGGGGUAGUGGUGGUGGGAUUCCCAGCAACUCCAAUAAUUGAAUCCAGAGCUCGAUUCUGUGUAUCUGCUGCCCACACAAAGGAGAUGCUUGAUGCGGCCCUGAGAGAGAUUAAUGAGGUGGGAGAUCUCCUGCAACUAAAAUAUUCCCGUCAUCAUUUUGUACCUUUACUGGACCGACCUUUUGAUGAAACCACAUACGAGGAGACUGAGGAUUAAUAUCUGAUGGAGAAGUGAGGGGGAGGGAAACUGUGCCAACUAACAGGACACUUAGAAUAUUUAUAGACCUUGCCAGCCAUUCCAAUGCUGGGAGGGCAACUACGAUCUCUCCUCCUGUAAACCUCUGUCUUUGAUUAUUUCUUGGAUGGAGAGGAGGUGCCGUUUUAUAGAUAUUUACCUUUUUUCUAUUAUUUAUUUGGAAACGGGACCAGUGAAAACUCCACAUCAUUAAGCUUGAGGUCUUCCUCACACUAACCUUCAGCACUGUGGAUAAGAUUUAUAGGCAGCUACUCAACCUUACACUCAUAUGUAUGUAACAUACUUGCACAAAGUAUUGAGAUAUAGCAUAACUCUCAAACUGGUGAUUCCUUCUGUCUUUUUCAUUUUAAACACCUUUUAACCUUACCUCUGCCAGAGCUGUUAGCAGUGAGUUGCUGUACCCGCUCUUGGAAUGCUUUAAUUUGAAAAUGUUAAAAACAGCAUAGGUGCUAAUUAAUAUGCUGUCUGUAGGACUGGGGUUUGCAAUACCACAGCGGUCAGUAGUAUUCUGGCACAGAUUGGCUGGAUAGCUGUUUUUGAAAUCAUGCUUGGUACUUUCUGCCAUGACCAAUGUAUCUGCGUACUGUUUAAUGAGAUCCAUAUUGGGGGAAUUAAUAGGCACUGCAGACUGAAGGGUAGGCUUACUUUUUCUAAAACAUCCUGGACUAUACAGAUUGCUGUCUGGAAUUACAAAAUAAGCAAAGCUUUUUCUCUGCCCAUCCUUAAGAAAAAGAGAACCUACAUAUAAAUAUAUGAAUAGCAAUUAGACACCUUGGAAGCCUAAAAUACAUAGUAAAAUUACAGGCUACAAUAUCAGACCAAUCUUUGGUGAGAUCAGAUAAUAUGCAAAUGUAUGAAUAGAAUGGCUUUUCUUGGCCACUGUAAGUUCUGAUUGGAUGAUAUGAGUUCUGAUGUUUACUUGUGCAAAUAUAAUGUUUCUAAUGUUUGCUAAUGUGGACUUUUUUUUAAAUGUACAUUCCGCUGGUUCCGAAACAAGCUACUACAGAAAAUCCCUUGCUCAGCUAAUCUGAGCCCACCUGAAUCUCUGAAAUGGCCUUAAUGUGUAUGUUUUUGGUAUGACGUUCAAAGAAACUGAUCCGAAAGAAUGCAGACUUGUAUGUCCCUUUUAUGUGAUAAUACUUUACUGUUUUUUAUGUUCAUUACUUUUUGGUAAUGGUUUUGAAAAAACUUCUUGUUAAUGCUCCAGCUCUUAUAAACAGUAUGUUAUGGAUGUUAUGGCACACAAGUCAAAGUGAAAUAUCUGAUUUGUGAGAUUGUAAGCUGCUAAAAAAAUAAAAAUCAAAUUAUUUUUUGUG